AUGUCGUCGAUAACUCGGGUCCCCAGCUCUCUUUCUGGUGCUAAUUUCAACCAGUUAAUGGACGCCGAGAAAGCGUGCGCAGCUGAAGGAUCUCAUUUGGCCUCGGCUUACGACAUUAACCAGAAUGCCUUCCUAUGGAUCCUUGGACAGGAUGAUCCAAUUGUACAUCCUUGGAUUGGAUUGAAUAACAGGAAAGUACAAAGCACUUACGAGUGGUCGGACAACUGGCCCGUGACCUACACGAAUUGGGGAGAGGCCCAACCGCAGGUCAACGUGACUGACAAAAACUGCGUCAUGCUCGAUUCAGACGAUGGCCAUUGGUACAACGAAAGGUGUGAAGAACUAAAGCCGUUUUUGUGCAAACAUUCGGAAGACGAGGCUCCAUCCCCAGGUCCCCCGAUAACAGGUCACUGCCCAGACGAUACUUGGACCUCCUUACCUGGUCCUUAUUGUUACUUGGUCGUCAAGGACCAGAAGGACUGGAAUGAUGCUCAUUCGCACUGUAUGUUUUUGGACUCCAACCUAACAUCCAUUCACUCUGAUGACGAGAACGCCCUUUUGAAACACACCAUCCAGGGUGAAAAGGUUAACAUAUGGCUUGGCCUCAUACAAAAAUCAUCUGGUCUAGGCUGGUCUGACGGAACGCCCUUCGAUUACCAGAACUGGGCGGAGGGGGAGCCUAGUUGGGACUACGAGCAGUGCACUGAAUUCUACCACGAGGACGGGAAGUGGAAUGACCUGGCCUGCAGCAGUUACCGGUCUUUCAUCUGCAGAGCUGUGAAGAUACCUGAUAAGGAGCCGACAAAUCCUACAGUGCCACCCCUUCCUCCAACUGAUAGUCCAUCGACAGGAGGUGGACUCAGUGGCGGCGCAAUAUUCGGAAUCGUCUUCGCUGUCAUGUUCGCUUUCGUUGCCGUUGGCUUCGUCGGAAUGACUUUGCUCAAAAGGAAAAAUACGAACGCUCCAGUGUUAAGUACGGGUCGAAGCGGAGGAGUAGUUAAUCUUUCCCACAUCAGCGACGAAAAGGAAUCAUCUGUGGCGUACAUCACUCACAGAGAUGUAACUGAUGCAUAGGCCUCAAGUCAGUCACAUAUACAUAUUACAUACAUGCAUAUGUGUGCAUAAUGUAUUAUAAAUUAAUGAAGUUAGGGCAUCUGUCAUCUUGAUCCGAGACCUUCAAGUUGUGUGAAUAAUACUAGUUCGCUUUA